GUGACGUACAGACUAUUAAAUUGGCUACGUAAACUGGUUCGUGCGAAAUUUUGACCAGACCUUGCCUAAUGGCGCGGCGACGGUCAAUGAGGAGUGCGUGUGCGUAUCGCUAGCUAGUCACAUGUAAAGCACGAUCUGUGCCAUGCGACCUAAACAUGUUCUACCCAUUUUUCCUAAUAAUUGUACUACAGUACAACACCCACGCAGAUUUGCUUUCAUUGAUAUCUACCGACGGUAUGGCUAGACUGCUGCGUGGCCGAUAUCGUCUUCGUGCUGUUCUACCUGCUCUCGUUCGUUAUCAGACGCCCAACUUCUGUGUGCGUUUUCUAACGACUCAAGAAGCAACGACAUUUACCGAGCGUUUCUGGAGACGGCUGUGGAGAACAACUCGAGCUGUCUUCAUCUUGACGGGAGGAUUAGUGUGGGUGUCGACGUUAACAAGACUUUACGGAAGACGCAAUAGAGAGGACAGCAGAAUUCCAGACAACGUCAGUUCUGUGAAUGAUUUUUUUGGUCUGACGGAGAAAGGAUUGAGAGACAGACAGAAUGUUGAAGAUCUUGUUCAGAAGAACAGAGCGCUCCACGACUUGUGGGAUAGACUAAAGAAAGAAGAGGCCGUCGAAGACGCGUUUGGAUCCCAGUCCGAAAUAUGUGGCUUUCGACUGCACAAUUGGAGAGAAGACACACCCACAGACGGCAACGCCGAUCACAAAAAUGAAAUGUUAGACGUGUAUGGUGAAAGUGGUUUAAACUGGACACGGUCGUUUAUAGUCGAAGGUCCUAAACUUGUCGGACAACUCGAUACAACGUUUGAAUUCGUGAAAGACGCGUGGAUACCGACAACUGUGAAGCUCCACCCGUUGUCACGUGACGGUACCGCCCUGGUAGACGUGUCAGCGCCUCCUCCCAACGGUGUCUCCAAGUUCACUCGCUUAUCAACGCUCAAGUAG